UACAAGUGUACACUUGUCAAUUUUCUGUCAAACCUUACUCGACGAGAGAGAAGCUAGGCAGUGCAUAUAUUUCAAUAAAAUUAAUUACAAUGGCAGAAUCAGUAACUGAAAUUCCUAUAAACAUAGAAGAAACUGUGAGAGAAACUGUACAAAAUGUUACUGAUAAGCCAACAUCGAGUAUUGAAGGAGUCGCGAUCGCCUACUUAAGUUUAGUGAUAAUGGCUAUUUUACCCAUAUUCUUCGGUGCCUUUCGCUCUGUGAAAUAUUUAAAGGAACAAAAAGAAUCUGGGGAGAGACCAGAGACAAUGUCAAAUAAGGAUGCCUUGAUGUUCCCUCUGAUUGCAUCCUGUGCGCUGUUUGCCCUCUAUAUAUUUUUCCAAUUCUUCUCUAAGGAGUACAUCAACCUUCUUCUUACUGGAUAUUUCUUCUUCCUUGGUGUUCUUGCACUGAGCCAUCUAUUAAGCCCAAUAAUAUCGUUGAUUGUGCCAGCAUCAGUUCCCAACUUGCCAUACCAUAUUCUGUUCACGCGUGGGGAGCGCGAUGCCCGCUCAGACAUCGUCAACUACAAGUUUACCUCCUACGAUGUCAUAUGUCUUGUCAUAUCCCUGUGUCUUGGAGCAUGGUAUCUUCUCAAGAAGCACUGGAUCGCCAACAACCUUUUCGGUAUCGCCUUCGCCAUUAACGGCGUGGAGCUGCUUCACCUCAACAACGUAGUGACAGGCUGCAUCCUGCUCUGUGGACUAUUUCUUUACGACAUCUUCUGGGUCUUCGGGACUAACGUUAUGGUCACCGUUGCUAAGUCCUUUGAAGCGCCUAUUAAAUUGGUAUUCCCUCAAGACUUGCUGGUAAAUGGUCUGAAUGCUAGUAACUUUGCUAUGCUUGGACUUGGAGACAUUGUAGUACCUGGCAUCUUCAUCGCUCUCCUGCUGAGGUUCGACAAGAGCUUGAAACGUGGUUCUGAGUUCUACUUCAGAGCUACCUUCACUGCUUAUAUCCUGGGACUGUUGGCCACCAUCCUCGUGAUGCACAUAUUCAAACAUGCUCAACCCGCCUUGUUGUACCUGGUACCAGCUUGUCUAGGAACACCUUUGACUCUUGCUCUACUUAGAGGAGACAUAAAUGCCUUAUUUAACUAUGAAGAUCAACCAGCAAUCGUUGAAUCCCCCGUUGACAGCAGUAAAACAAAGAAAUCAGACUAGACUAUCCUCCCGCCAAAUUCGAAGCACAAAUAAGCGGCACAUUGUGAAUUAGAUAACAUUACGGAAAAAUAUUUUUUAUCUCCAUGACGAUGGUGAGGGACCAUGGCCGAUAUGGAAAACAAAUGUCCAAUGAGGACGGAAAAUAAUUAUUUGUUUUUUAUUGAUGUGACUUCCUUGUAUAAUCUUCCAUUAUUUAUUUGAAAUUGCAUAAUAUAUUGAUGAGUAAGGCUAAAUUGUGUAAUUUUUUAUAUAUAUAUAUUUUUUUUAUCUUUAAAUAGUCAUUUACUUUUAAAUGAUGUACAUAAAAUACUUUUUGGUUAAUCCUCACAUAAUGGUGUUAAAAAUGGAAUCAAUAUAUAAAUAUAUUUUGUGACUGAUGUGAGUGUUAGAUGAAUAAGUUUAUUUUUUUGUUUAAAACAAUCCUAAAAUAUUUUUGUAUUUAAUGUUACCAAUUUACAAAAUAUUGUCGUAAAGAAAAUUAGAUCUAUUUUACCGCGUACGCAAUUAAAACGUGGUUUUAUAUAUAAUUCUACUUUUAAGUAACAAUCGAAAUAACUGCUUUAUAUUCAUAAAUUGAAUCAUUUUGUCACAAUAUUUUCAAAAUCAAUAAUAGUAUAUAUUUUUAACAAAUCCUAGAUAGAUUGUCUAAAAACAUACAAAUUAUUUUAUUAAAGUAAAGUAAUAAGUCUUAACCGUAAAUUAUGUUCAGGGAGUAUUUUGAAUUAAACAAUUGUCUUUUUCUUUCGAAUGUCUAAUCAAUGAUGAUGAAAAGAGAGAGAUGAGUGUUUAACUAAACAUCCGCUAAAUAACGUUUACACAAUUAGGUUUGUAAUUUUUUUUCUAUAAGUACGUUACUACUACGUAAACGUUACAAUAAUACCCUUUUUUAUUUGGUUUUAGAUAAAAAAAUUGAAUUAAAUUAUUAUCUAAGGAAGGUGAUAACUUACAUGUAAAAUAAUAUGUAGGUAAUAGUUUACCGAUUAAAAUAAACGAUUCAUUCGACAUUUACACAUAGAAAUACCGAUUUUAUACGAAAAUUCACGUAUGUUUAUAAGUUUGUCAAUACUAAUAUCUGUGUUCUCUGAGCAUUUCUUUCAUACAUAUAUCAAUAUGUCUUCGCCUUUUUUACAAUUUCGAAUAGUGUUAGAUACAUUAGAAUAACGUGUUAUGUAAUAUGCGGGCCGUAAUGCGUCUCGUAAUGCGGCGUCUUAUUUUCUUUUUGUACGGUUGUAACUAGGAAUUGUGUACCGAAUUAAUUACUGUAGACAACGCAAAUGUUGGGAUAAAAACAAUUAAAUAAAUAUGUCGAUAAA